UCGUGUGUGACUUUUGAGAGCGAGAAAUGUGGCCGGUUGUAUUUGUAAGACAUCGCGUUUGUUUAUAUGUUGUUAUGGUAUAAAUGAGGAAGCUGUCAAAUUGGUCUCCAUGCUUAAAUCAACUUAGGUUUUCUGUCACUGGAUUGUCCUCUGGAGGGUUUAGUAAGUGAAUUACCUCUACUUCUAGUAAUUUUUUUAAAGUCAGAGUAUAGUUUGCGCUAGGUUUAGCAGCACAGUUUACGUCUGUUUCAUCUGGAAGUUUAGUGGAUUUUGCCUUAUUAGACGAGUUGCAGUUAAGGAAGUGCGCUGCAUUAACAGGGAUGCCAUGCUUUAAACCUCGAGGAAAUUUCCGGAAGAAAAGCAGCGUGAAAACUUUUUUUCCCUCCUUGACCGAAAUUAUUCGCACAGUUAUUGUGUGAUUAAUAAUUGAAAUCGACUGAAUUGGGCGAAAAGAUCGGUGCAUGUCGGGCAGGGUCACUGGGGACACUGACUUAAUUUGAGUUGCAGCUGUGUAGGAAUCAGAUUCGCUCGAGUCAUUUGGGUUUUCCAGUCAAAAUGCUGCUGUCUCUGGUCGUGCACACGUACUCAUUGCGGUACUGGCUUCCAACAGCGGUGAUGCUGGGCACCGCUCCUCCUUAUCUGCUGUCCUGGAGCGCCUGGCGGCUGCUGUCCACUGUGCUACCGUCUCGACUCUAUCACACUGUGGAUGACUGUGUGUAUUCAGUGUAUCAGAGUAUGGUCCUGUUCUUCUUCGAGAAUUACACAGGAGUGGAGAUUGUCAUUUAUGGGGACAUACCAAAGAAGAAGGAGAAUGUGGUUUACCUGUCAAACCAUCAAUCCACAGCUGAUUGGAUCAUUGCUGACGUGUUAGCCAUUCGGCAAAAUGCUCUUGGACACGUAAGAUACGUCCUGAAAGAUGGUCUGAAGUGGCUUCCUUUGUAUGGGUGGUAUUUUUCACAGCAUGGAGGUGUGUAUGUGAAGAGAAGUGCCAACUUUGAAGAGAAAGCCAUGAAAAAGAAAUUAUCUUCUCAGAUCAAACUGGGUACACCUAUGUAUCUUGUCAUCUUUCCAGAGGGAACCCGCUACAACCCUGAGCUCCAGAAAGUUAUCAAUGACAGUCAGGCUUUUGCUGCUAAAGAAGGACUUGCUGUGCUGAAGCACGUUUUAACACCAAGAAUGAAAGCAUCACACGUUGCCAUUGAGACUAUGAAGGAACACCUGGAUGCUGUCUAUGACAUAACCGUUGCAUAUGAGGGAACACUCACAGCAGCCGGCCAGAGACAUCCAGCUCCUACAAUGCCAGAGUUCCUGUGCAAGGAAUGCCCCAGGGUGCACAUCCACUUCAACCGCUUGGACAUGAGGGAAAUUCCUGUGGAGCCAGUGUUCUUUCGCAGAUGGCUACAUGAAAGAUUUGAAAUCAAGGACAAGCUUCUGACCACUUUCUAUGAUUCUGAAGACUCUGAGAAAAAGUGCAGGUUCCCUGGAAAAAGCCAAAAGUCGCCUCUUAGUCUUACAAAGACAUUGCCUUCUCUGUUGAUUUUGGGUGGCCUCACUUUACCAAUGCUGUUAACAGAGUCAGGUAGAAAACUCUAUUUCAAUACCUGGCUCUAUGGGACUCUGAUUGGAUGGGUGUGGGUAAGUGUAAGUCCAUAAACUAACCAUACUGAAAAAAAAUCCAUUCUGACCACUCAGAUGAUACUUUUAGAUUUCAUCAUUGGAUUCUUUAUUUCUCACCAUAGUUUCUUUUUGGCUCAUAGUAUACUACUAACCAAGAGGCUUUUUUAUUGUUUUUCAUUUGUUUUAUUUCAUACUCUUAACUGUCAGAAGGUAAACACAGUAACACUGUGCCUGCACUGCAAACAAGUAUGAGAUGCAAAAAACUAAAACGUUCCAUUUGUCGGCAUAGUAUUCUUGCAGAACUGUAGACAGAUAUUCCUAUUUUGAUUUAUAAUUGGAAUGUUUCAGUUUUGUUUUGUUUGAUGUCAUUAUUCACUUGCAAUGUAGACCCAAUGUGAGGGUUUCCACACGAUCUGAGUUCAACUCUAAUCUGAAAUGCACAAAUGGAUAACAAUGUAACACAGAUACAAUGUUUUGUAUUAAUGUUGAUAACCAUAGCAGUCUUGAAACAUUUGUCAUUUAACCAUAUCAUUGGCCUUGUGGAACCACGUUUAAAUUUCCAGUAUGCAAGUUUUUCUUUUUUUCUUUUGUUUCUCUGUAUGAUUUGUGUGGUUCUGAAUAUGGCUUCUAACAUCAAUUGUGUUUACAGGGUCUGUAUUUCAUCAUGAUGUUCUUGAGAGUAUUUGGGGUAUUUUAUUUUGUGCUGAUUUUCAUUGUGUAAUGCAGGUGAUUUUUGUUGGUUAUGCAUUGGGUUUUGGUUGUGUAUUUACAUCAGUUAUAUUUUUAUUUUAUUUGAUGCCAAGAUCUAAAAGGCCUGUCAGAUAUGGGCUUUUUUUUUUUUGUAAGCAUUUGCACUGUUGCUAAAUAUUUCACAGAUAGUUGCCAAAAUUCCUGGUUGCAGAGGUAUUAAAUAUUCAGUCAAAAUUUUUUAAAAAAACUGUCUUUUCAACUUCAUUAUUCCAAACCUAUGAUUUUAUUUUUUUGACUAGUCCCCCACUCAACCCAUUUUCCAUGUUUUUCCAGAAUGUAAUCAAGAGCAAUAAUUUGGUCCACAUAAGAAAUCUGAGACAUUUUGUCAUGAAGUCUCAUAGUUCAGUGGUUGUUUUUUAAAUAUACAAAUGACCUCAUCUUGCUCAUGCCAUCUAAUUGCUCUUUAAAUCCUGUUGCUUUUAUUAGAGGUAUAUAUGUAUUAUUUAAUUUAAGUGGAAUACAAUUCUAAAUUGUAUUAUUUAUUUGACAUCUCCAGUAGUACUUAAUGAAGAUGUUUUUUGGUAAAUGUUUAGAACUUUGGAAGACCAUAAACAUUACCAGAGCUUCAACAGGACUGGAAGCUUCCUGGAAGCUUCCGGGUCACUUUAGAUAUAAAUGUCAGUGUAGGCUCCCACAUUAAAAAGAUUUGUUGACAUACAGUUGGUUGCACUUACCCAUAAUUCAUAAUGUGAUUGUCAUUAAAGUCCAUUAUCUAAAAAUAUUCUGAUGAGAAAUGUAUUUGAAUGUUCGGAGAGUAUGGGAAUUUAAAAUGAAAGUGAGGCAAUAGCACAAAUGCUUAACAGUAAGUUUAUAACCCAAAACUUUAACCCUUAAAUGGUAUCAAGCACUUGUUGACAAAAUCACAGAUGCAAAUACAGCAGGGUUCCCACAAUCAUUGAAAGCCUGGAAAAGCCUUGGAAAUUUAUUGUUAAAAAAAGUUUUGGGGAUGCCAUGUUGAAACUGUUCUUUGCAACAGUUUGGUAAAAGCUACAUAUGCUUUUAAAGUUGUUAAAAUAAUGUCAAGCAUUUGUAUUUAAUCAAAGACAUUUUUUAAAACAAAAUCUUUAAUAAGGUGACAAUUACGCUUUUGCUAAAUAUAUAAAUUAAAUAAAGACAUCUCUGAUCUUUAACCCUAAAAUAAACCUUUCCAAAAAAAAAAAAAAAAACUUUUUCUCUUUAAAAUAAAGCCUAGCUGAAACUAAUGAUUAACUUAAGGCACUUUCUAUUCUUUCAUUUAGUUUAAGUACAGAUAUAGUUUCAUACAACUUUUGUCCUUUUCUUGAUUUAAUUUUUUUAUUUAUUUCAGUGGAUUUGAUUUGUGGUUAUAUGUCUGUGUAUCAUCAGAUUUGUUUCUGACAUGUUUGACAUCAAAAAACGUGUGACUUAUAGUAAAAAGUUUGUUUGGGCUUCCGUUAACAUUACUGAUGUCUUUUGUCACAGUCAAAACCAUCCAUGAUUAUUUUGAAGUCAUAACCUUUCUUAAAGUGACUGUGUGAUUUACCAAUGAAACUGGCUGUGGGGCAGAGUUUGUCCUUAACUUAUUUGGAGGGGGAAAUCACACAUUUAUCAUAGCAUAAUUAGAAGAUCAUCGGCAGAAGUGGAAUCAUUUGAUAUUUGAUACAGUUUAAUUAUAUACUAUGUAUUAUGAUUCUGAAGUCACGAAACUCUGUGAGACUGUGCAAAGUAUUUCAACUGCAACACAUUUUCUUAAACAGGUGCUGUAUUGAUGCCCAUCUUUUAAAGACUUGUCCAUGCAGUAAACACUCGUGAUCAUUUGUCUGUACCA